UAAGAUCUGAUCGAUCCAUGAACGCCACCAUCUGCGUCAGUUGCAAGCGACCUUUUGGGCCGCACGACAAGAUGGGGACCUACCGAGGCAGCCCCUGCCAUGAGACGUGCAUGCCGAAUAGCCCAACUGAGAAGCCCGCGAGUACUUGCGUUGGCUGUCACAUCAAGUUUCAUCCGGACGACAAAAUGGUUUUACUCAACGGGAAGCCCUGUCAUGAGAUGUGCUUACCCAAAGUGACUGACGAACAGAAUACCUCAAUAAGGAAAGUUCGGACCAUGUCGUCACGAAGUCCAGAACCUUCAACCCCAACAAGUCCAGCCUUGUCGGUCAGGAAAGUGGAGAUGGGCACAAUGCAAUCACAAUCAUCAAGGAUGCAGUAUUUGCCUCCACCGACCCCUGGGACUCCAGCGAGCGCCAUGUCUACGUCCACCCAUUAUACUUGGGGAGGCGAGGUCACCCCGCACACCCCAUUCUCCGCGACAUCUGACACUUCUGGGUUCACCAUGUCGAUGGUCCGUCAAACUAGACAAGUGGAGGGCGGAGAUGUGUUCAUGUGCUUCUAUUGCAACAAACCCAUCAGAGGACAAGUCGUUGGUGCAUUCAACAAAGUGUUCCACGAAGGACAUUUUGCCUGCUGUUGUUGCCAUCGCAGAUUCAAGCGAGGUCAAAAGUUCUACGAGCUCGACGACCGACCGAUGUGCAAGAAGUGCUGUCGGGCGUUUCCGGGGAAUGAAGUGGACUCAAAAUGGGGAUUCACCAUGGGGAGGAGGUAAACAUGACAAGAGGCAACCGUAAAUAGAGUCAUCAGCUUGGUAAAUACUUAUAUAGUAAAGUUCUUCAAACAGAUCGAAAAUAUUACUCACUCCCAACAUUUCGAUGUCUGUCAGACACCAUCAUCAGGGUUAGAAUAGCUGGAUCUUUCUCUCGCUGCUACUUACAGCCGAUGUAGGUGGCGCUGCAGCAAUGAGAAUGAGGGGGAUACAAACUGAG